CUAUUUCUUCCGUGCUUUCGCUUUUCAGAGUCCAGUGUGAGUCCCGAGAAACCCGCGUGCCUUGCGUUCUAACGCGAAGAUUUUUCCUUUGGAACGCCCCAGGACUGCCAUUAUAACAUCUCUCGCAAGUGGUUGUGUACACGUGGAGAAAAGUAAUUCUAGAAAAACGCAAGUAUGUCUCCACAAAAGACGAUGUUCGUGAACAAACAGUUCAACUCCCCGAUCAAUUUGUAUUCACCUCAAGCAAUACAAGAAACUCUAGACAGGCAAACUCGAGUUUUAGCUAAUGGCGCAGUCGGAAUCAAUUUCAACCAGUUGGCUAAGCCGGCGAAUUUACAAAACAGCGCGGUUUUACGGAUGCUCGAGGAAGAAGAAGAGCGGCAACGAGCGGAUCAACCCCGUCUGAAACGCGUAGCUUGGCCUCCACCUCCAGAGGACCAAGACUUCGUGGAACAAGGGCCUGUACAAGCAAAGACCCGUGGAAUCAGUGGUCUCGCCUCGUACCAGAGCAGUCCUUCAUCAGGUUCGUCACCUCAGCUCCCGUCGGUUGCUCGUUCGUCGACUCAGAGUGCAGUGCCGUCGUCGUCACCAUCGCCGGUUAGCCCUGGCGGAACUCUACGGCAACCGUCACACUUUCAACAUCAACCGGUACCAAAGGGCUGGCGACCGGUAACACCUCCAUCAACUCCUCCAAUCAGCAGCUUCGGUCCUACUCCAGCAAUCAACACCUUCGAUCGUCCUUCUCCAGACAUCUGCACCUUCGGUCGUUCUUCUCCAGAGAUCUCCACCCACGCUUCUGUUGCCUUUGAAGCACCACGAUCGACAGUUACACUUCGUCCGGAGCCACCAAUCUCACAGGCACGAGCACCAGUUUAUCAAGCACAACCUGCCGCGACAAAGGCUCCAGUAAGCGGAAAUAUGAGAGGAGAUCUGAAGUGGCCACCACCAUCGGUGAAAGCUCAAACGGAAGCUGAAAACAGGGCCAGAAUGGAAUUGGCGAAAGGUCCUGCCGUUAGGCCUCGUAGAGUACGCAAGGACUACAGCGGAUUUUUCGCUCAACAUGCUUUAAAUAAUACGUACCCGGGAUAUCGAGCUCCACCAGGAACUCAGUAUUUCACCCCCGCCUAUCAACAAUAGCAAAUCCUAUUCUAAAAUUAUUUACUUUCUUUAUAACAUCGUCCUGAGUUUGAU